CACUUCGACACCAAGAAUAUUAAAAAAGAGCAUCCCCGAGAUACAUACUUUAAACUUACUCGAAUCGCUUGCUUUGAGAGAGGCACACUGUCACACUUCACACAGUUGGCGAGAGUGAUUUGUUUUUAUUAUUGUAUUAGACUCCAGCUGAAUAGUAUUUGUUUUUAAAGUAAUUGCAUUUUAUAACAUUUAAUUUAAACGAUUUUUUUUCUGUAAAAUAAACAAAUAUGCCGCGUGUGAAAGCAAGUGAUGGCACAAAACAAAAAUACAAAAUUAUUGCUUCUGUUAGAGCACAUAAAUCAUUAUACGAUCCAAUACAUUUGUCGUAUGAAAAUUUAAAAUCAAGAGACAGAAUUUGGUCUCAGGUGGCUGAAGAGUGUGGAAUUAAAAAUGGUGCAUUAGCGAGAGCUACUUGGCAAAAAUUAUACGACACUUACGUCGCUUAUCGAAAAAAUCCUAAACACAAUCUUAGAAGAACGCAUACAUGGUUUUUAAGAAAAAUGAAUUUUCUCGAUCCGUAUCUAAAUAUCCGAAAGGAUGAUGAAAAAUCUCACAAUAAUACCGAAAACGGUAUUAAACCCACUACCAUUGAAGCAGGUAUAAUUCAAAAUUUAGAUGAAAUUAAUACUGCGAGUUUAAAUGACACAACAUCAACUAGAGAAUUUUCUACAAUACAAUAUUGGAGUGAUAGCCAAGACAAUUUACCACAGAAUGUUACAGAACUUGAAACAAAUGGAACUUUGCCAACAAAAAUCGAAACUGAUGUCGAAACUAACACCGGAUCGGAUGUAGAAAGCUAUGAAGAUAUUAUUUUACCUGAAGCAAUUGACCCUAAGAACGAAAAAGUUGAUAGUAAUACGAAUAGUUUAAAAAUGUUUUUCGAUGCCAUGUAUGCGUCUACAAGUCAAUUGCCACAAGCUUUGCAGCGGACUGUAAAGAUGAAACUUUUUUCAGCUAUACUCGAGGCAGAAGAAGAAGCUGAGAAUCAAAAGAAGAAUGCACUUGCAGCGAAUUGCAUUCAAAUACUAGAAUAAUAGAUGUUAAAAUAAAUUAAAUUAUAAUUGUUAAAAUUUUUAUAAUAAAAAGAAAAAAAAAACUUAAUUUGUAUUGCAUUUAUGGAGUCCAAAUUUAGGUACUGCUACAAUAGUUAUUGGUUUUAUAAAA